UUGGCCAAUGAGUUCGUUGUAAAACGUCACAUCUCGGUAGCAUUUCUGUCAGCAGUGUCACUAUCCGAUAGCUGUUCGAAGUUCGUCCUCAGUGUAGGUCAACAGACGGGCACAGAAAUCAUGUCUGCGUUUCUGCAUCACUGUCCCUUCCUGAAAACGGCCUCGCGGCCCUUCAUGCGUAGAGCGGGCACAGCUCUUUUCUCCCUGGCCGACCGAUGCCCCAUCAUCACCCGUCAUAUUAGCACCACGACUGUCCUGCCCACCUCACUCAGAUCACCUGAGAAAGCUCAGUCUCCAGUCCUAAUGGCCCAAAAGCGGCACCUGUCCCAGGCUGCCACCCAGGUUGCUGAGUCUGUGGCCAAAGGCUGCCCCUUUGUGUCGUCCCAGCUGAGCGUGGUCAAGGCCAGUAAAGAGGUGCAGGAGGACGUCUUUGGCAAUGCUUCGAAAAAUACAGAGUUGGUGGGCACUCUUCAGGCCGGUGUGGAGGUCACCUCCCCUCUGGGGCUGGCUCCCUCCCACCUCCUCAAAGAUAACAUGGAGGGCCCCAGCUUUGACUAUGAUACAUUCUUUGAGAAGAGGAUCCAUGAGAAGAAGAGUGAUCACACCUACCGCAUCUUUAAAACCGUGAACCGCCAUGCUGACAUCUUCCCCUUUGCGGAUGACUACUCUGUUACUGGGCGGGAAGGGAACCAGGUGUCUGUGUGGUGUAGCAAUGACUAUCUGGGCAUGAGUCGCCACCCAAGAGUCAUCGGGGCCAUUCAGGAUGCUCUGCAGAAGCAUGGCGCAGGCGCAGGAGGCACUAGGAACAUCUCUGGCACCAGUAACUACCACGUGAUGCUGGAGCAGGAGCUGGCUCGCCUCCACCAGAAAGAUGGCGCGCUUGUGUUCUCCUCCUGCUUCGUGGCCAAUGACUCGACUCUUUUCACUCUUGCCAAAAUGCUUCCUGGUUGUGAGAUCUAUUCAGACAUGGGGAACCAUGCCUCCAUGAUCCAGGGCAUCAGGAACAGCGGAGCCAAGCGCUUCAUCUUCCGCCAUAAUGACCCCCGCCAUCUGGAGGAACUGCUAAGCAAAUCAGACCCUAAGACCCCCAAGAUUGUGGCCUUUGAGACUGUGCAUUCUAUGGAUGGUGCUAUCUGUCCUCUGGAGGAGCUGUGUGAUGUAGCCCAUAAGUACGGUGCCUUGACGUUUGUGGAUGAAGUCCAUGCAGUGGGGCUGUAUGGGGCACAUGGGGCCGGGGUCGGAGAUAGGGACGGUAUCAUGCACAAGAUCGACAUUGUCUCUGGAACACUGGGGAAGGCGUUUGGUUGCGUGGGAGGCUACAUAGCUAGUAGUGCCGCCCUAGUGGACACAGUUCGCUCGUUCGCCGCCGGCUUCAUCUUCACCACUUCGCUGCCACCGAUGGUGCUGGCGGGGGCACUGGAGUCAGUGCGGGUGCUGAGCAGCCCCGAGGGCCUGCUGCUGCGCCGAGCCCACCAGCGCAAUGUCAAACACAUGCGCCAGCUACUGAUGGACGUCGGCCUGCCUGUCAUCAACUGCCCCAGCCACAUCAUCCCCAUACGGGUUGGCAACGCAGAGCUGAACUCCAAGGUGUGUGACAUCCUGCUGGAGCGUCACAACAUCUAUGUCCAAGCCAUCAACUAUCCCACCGUGGCCCGUGGGCAGGAGCUGCUGCGUCUGGCUCCCUCACCCUUCCAUGAGCCGGCGAUGAUGGAAUUCUUCACACAGAAACUGCUGGAGGUUUGGCAGGAGGUGGGCAUGCCUCUGAAUGGCCCAGCAAUGGCUUCCUGCAACUUCUGCGACCGCCCGCUGCACUUCGACCUCAUGAGUGAGUGGGAGAGGUCCUAUUUUGGUGGAAUGGAUCAGUACAUCACCAUGUCCGCAUAGACGCAGACAAGCCGAAGGAAAGGAAGAAGGGACCAAAAUGACAUGCUGUCAUCACAAUUGAUUCUAGUGUGUUUUGGUGAAGCUGCAGGUCGUCUUACCACUCUGUUCUAUCACCCCUUACCAUUCCCCCACCUCAAACAGUAUAGAGAGUCCUCACCAGUCCUCCACUGUUACAAAAUCAGGAGGACAGCUUCACCAAAACAUGCAAAACUCCAUUAAGAACACAUCAAUUCACUUAAUUUAAGUAACUGCCAUUUGUAUAGAUAAAUUUACAAGUUCUAGGGCCUGUUAGGAAUGCCAUUUGCAUACGUGAGUAAAUGUUUAGCUUUUCUUAUUCCUUCAUUUGACACAUCCUCAUACCUGCACAUGAGCACUUUUAUUGCUCUAGAUCAUGGAAGAUCAUGGAAAGUCUAAAAUGAAUAUGUCCUGUCAUUAAUUGUAAAUUGACCUCUGCUAGUCCUACAUUUGGCAGUUUCCAAGGAGAAUUUGAUUCAGAAUUAUGUUUACAUUGAUGAAGAGCACAGCUGUCAAAAUGUGUUUGUGCUAAAGAGGUAUUUGAGGUGUUUUUGUGUUUGAAGUUAUGUUAUCUUGUUGCUUAAUGUUAUUUCAUAGAUAUUACAGAACUGGAUGUAUACAUUGUAGUUCUUGAAAGUCUCAAUUAACAUCUGUACCUUACCAUUGCUUACAUGUGAUGUGUUCUUAAUGGAACAGAAUCUACUGAAUACAAUAAAAGGGAUUGGACAACUA